AAGAUGACAUCAAUAAACUCCAGUUCUGAUUCCAGGAAUUUCACAGGAGUGCCUGUUGAACUGUGUAGAAGGGAUGAUGAUAACAAAGUGCGAGCAAAUCUGUCUUACAUUUACUACUUCAUGUUUGUCUUCAGUGUUAUCACCAACCUGCUGGUUGUGGUCAUCAUCUACUGGUUUGAGAAGCUGUACACUGUGAUCAACAUCUUGCUGCUGAACCUGGUGGCGUCCUCCUUGAUCUUUAUGAGCAGCCUUCCCUUCCUGGCCGUCUACAUGCAGAAAGCUGAAUGGAUUUUUGGCUCAGCUAUGUGCAAGAUCGUCAUGAGCGUCUACUACCUGGGUUUUUACAGUUCUGUUUUCUUUUUAACUCUGCUAACAUUUGACCGUUACCUUACUUUCGUACAUUUUAUGCCAGUAGUACAUAUAAGGAGUCGACGCAAUGCUAUCAUUUCCUGUGCAGUGGUGUGGGUGAUCAGUGGUUUGGCUUGUGUCCAGCCAAUGACUCUCCAUGGUGCCUUUGAUCAUAAUGGCACUAAGCACUGUGAGGAGUUUGCUCAUACUGGUCAUAUGAAUGGAGAGAAGCUCAAAAAAUCUGGAUUUUAUAUUCAGCUUUUUGUCUUCUUGAUCCUCCCUCUGGUUGUUAUCAUAUUUUGUUAUGCUAGGAUUGUGGUCACCAUUAAAAAAUCCCAAUCAGGUACUAAAUUUCAUGCAGUUAGGGUGAUAUUUAUGAUUGUAGUGUUGUUCUUCAUCUGCUGGAUCCCUUUUAACAUUGUAGAACUCCUGCAUUAUGAAUAUGUGUCUGCUUUGGGCUGUGAAGAUAAAAAGAAACUUGGUUACGCUCUUCAUGUCACCCGCAACAUGGCGUACAUUUACUUCUGCGUCAGUCCAAUCUUUUAUACAUUUGUAGGAAAAAAAUUCCAGAACCAUUUCAAACAGCUGCUGGUGAAAUGUUUCCCAAGAUUACAAGAUCAUAUUUCUGUCAACGCAAGCACCACAACAACAAGAACUUAGUCUUAAGAACUGAGUUUAUCUCUGUGAGUUUGUCAUCAUUCACCCUGAGUUAAACCAAAUGCAGUACCUGGCGACCACAUUCAUGCUUGUUAAACGUCAGGCUGUCUUUUCAUGCUACAACAACAACCCUCACUUUGACCUAAUGUAUUGUCAUCAUACUGAAAAAUAUUUGAGGAUAUUAGUACUACUUAAACUCAUGAGUGUGAGUGCUUAUAUCAUACAGCUAUACCCAAAGAUGGUGCCUUUAGAAUCGUUUCAUCCGGCUGUUUCAGUAGACCUUGAGUUAGUAUUUCUAAUUUCUAAUUAUGCUGAAAGGACACUUUAAGAAUUAAUCUGAUUGAGAAUUAAUCAUAGCAGCAGGAAAAGAGACUCAUUGUACCUGUAAAUAAGCUGCAGAGACCCAUUAUUUAUUUACAGGUCUAGAAAGGAACUGUCUUAUAAGUUUUAGAUGCAUUCCUGCUCAUGCACAACUCAAUUGAAUAAUUACUUCUUUAGGAUUACAUUUGACAAAGGCCUGGUGACGAUCCAUUCAUUUGAUUCUGAUGUGUGUGAGCAGCAUUAAAACCUGAAGGACAGGAGCUCUUGAGGACUUGGGGACUAUCACGGGUGUUUUCAGACCCCUGUGAUAGAGGAAGCAAACGGACUGGUGUUCACCUUUCAGAGGGCAGUAACCCUGAACAUACACAAUUACCAGGACAAAGUUAAAGUGGCCAAAAUGGAGUACUGGUAUCUUUCUAUUUUAAUUUUAUUUCACACUCACAACCUUUGUGUUCUUUUUGCUCCACCUUAUUUAACAGAGCUUCUCUACUGCUAUACUGUCUCUCGGCCACUCAGGUCUACUGACCAGCUGCUCCUGGUCAUUCCCACCUGUAAGCAGAAGCUUAGAGGAGAAAGGGCCUUCUCUGUUUCUGCCCCAAAGCUUGGGAAUGCUCUACCGUUAAACAUCCGACAGGCUCCCUCACUAUCCAUUUUUUAAAACCCAUCUAAAAAUGUAUUUUUAAUCAUUAGCCUCCAACCCAACUGAGACCUGAUCUCACUCAUUUUUUUAUUGGUGUUUAUCUUAUUUGUCCAACUGCAUUGUUAUGCUUUUUUUUUAAAUCUUAUUUAUCUAUUACUGAUAUUUAGCACUUUCUUUCAGUUCAUUUUUCAUUUUCCUUUAUUUAAACCCCGUUGAGAUCUAGAUCUCAUUUUCAAGAGGGACCUGGGCAAAAAAAAUUGCAAUACAUAACAACCUGGUUACAAGAAAAAAUGACUGCUGAUGAGGGAGUUUAGACAUUUGAUUCAACUGUGCUGGACCAGGGAUGUAUUUCAAAGUUUGUUUGAUCUUGGUUAUGGACUUGGGGCUCUGUGCACUGGAAGAAAAGAAAAGCAAAAGCAAAGCUGCGUAAUUACUGGGAUGAGUUUACAGGCAGAGGAAACUUGACUGAGCUGCAUGGGUGUUACUGAGAAUCUGUGAUUCAAUGCAAAAGAAUUUAAACAAGCAACAGUCAUGGGUCCCUCUGUUGUCAUGUUCCCCCUGUUACACACAGGAACAUCUUUGGAUUGGGUCUUCAGAUGGGAAGAUUACAGUCUGCUGUAAUUCUAGUUCAAAACUGAUCAAGACACCAAACUCCAGGCUAAUUUCCAAUAACCGAGUCAACAUGCUUACUUUGUAACCUUAACAGUACAGUAAUGACUUCAUCCACUAAUAUAAUCUUAUGAAUCUAGGUGAUUUUGUUUUCAUGUGUUGUUUAGGGUGCUAUGUUCAGUCACGUCAUAACAUUCACAAAAAAGAGCUAAGAGAAAAAAUGUCUGUCGCAUCUGUAUUAUGAUGAAAUUAAAAUCUAAAUUAUUUACAGGCAUCCAGCUAUAGUUAUAUUCUGUUAUUGUUUUUUUUCUGUCUGCCGUGUGCUGAACAAGUUGUAUCAUGAUGGUCUAUAAUGUAUUAUUUUUCUUUUGGUAUACAUUCAAUAGUAAAUGAAGAUAUAAAUAAAUCAUAAACGUUAGCCCUAAGCUAUUAAUAUGUAUGAAUGUAAUUUGUUCAUUUAGUUUUGCUCCUGAUAUUAUAUAAAUAUCUUUAAAACAGUUUUUUAUAAUCACUUGCUUUGUUUUCCGUAAUUUACUGGGGAUUCCAAAAGAAAUUAACUUUUAUCAUGGUCUUUUUCUAAUGCAAAAAGAAAAAAAAGAAAUGCAGAAAUCACAAAAUGAUGAAGAUGAGGAGAACCAAAUGGAGGAAGAGGAGAGAGGUGGUAGUAGGCUCUGGUGUUUUGCUGCUGCCUUCAGCUUCAUAAAUGAAUCAAUGAAUGACACUUACCUCUGGUGGGACUGUGUGAUCUGUAAAGUAGUUCUUUAGCUCUGUGUCUAGUCCGGUAACAACUGUUUAGGGUCUGGUCUUUGUCCAUUGUCGGUCUGGGAUUUCACAUUCAGUACCAGUGUUCUGAUGGUCUGCGCUACCCAGUGGCUGUAGCAAAAGCUUCGUAAUCGUCUAAAUGAGCUCUCAGCGCUGCUUAUCUGUUAAAUAAGACAGACACAUAGGAAACCACUCCUAUGUGUCUGGUCUGGUCUCACACCAGACAGACCAGACCCUAAACCAGCUGUUUAAGGUCCGGUCUUCAGUUCAGUGUUGGUUCGUGGUUUCAAAUUCAGUACUGGCGGCAUUGGCAAUAGUUCCUUUAACAUUUAAAAGAGCUCCCAGCGCUGCCUGUCUCUGAUA